AUGUCUCAAGCUUACUAUCAAUCACAGCCGCAAAUGACAUCGGAUACCGAUAUUCAAAUAAUAUCCACACCAGUACCAGCACAGCCAAUAACAUGGAAAUAUGGAUUGUGCUGCCUGGCCUUUUGUUGUCCAUGCAUAUUAAAUGGCAAAACUAGAUUCAAAGCGGAUGGUGCAGACGAACCUGUUCAGUGCUGUUGUUUCUUUUGCUCAGUGUUAUUUGGUGUCUGGUGCUGUCUUGGGACCAUAAAUCAUAUUCACCUUCGAAGAAAGAAGAAUAUCAAUAUUCACGGAGGAAUUAUUGAUGAUGCAUGCAUUUGGUGGUGUUGUGCUCCGUGUGCAUUGACUCAAGAACAUCGGGAAUUCAAUGAUCCAUAA